AGAGCUUUGCUUCCGUAACUUCGCGAACUGCGAGAAAAGUUGUCACGGAGAGCUUUCCAUUGCGACACUCCUCUCGAACUUCAUCAACACAGCGCCUUGUCGCAUCCCAUCUCCACUCAGUCCUUGCGACGUUCGCGAUCCUGUAAUCGUCCACGCCGGAUCUCUCUCCUCACAACAAAUACCGCACAAUGUCUGGAACCGCGACACAACCGCCGCAGAGCACCGGCAUUGGCAAGCUCGACGCCGCAAAGGAGAAUGUGGCAGCAAACACACCCGAGAAGCUCAGCGGAGUCGCUCUCUACUCGCGCUUCGCUUUCGCCGGUGCUGUCUGCUGUUCAGUGACCCACGGUGGUCUCACACCCGUCGAUGUCGUCAAGACCCGUAUCCAGCUUGACCCAGCAACCUACAAUCGCGGACUGGUCGGUGGCUUCCGUCAAGUCAUCGCAAAGGAGGGUGCCGGCGCUCUUCUGACCGGUGCUGGCCCAACUUUCGCCGGUUACUUCCUCCAGGGUGCUUUCAAGUUCGGUGGUUACGAGUUCUUCAAGCAACAAGCCAUCAACUACCUUGGCUACGAGACUGCAUCAAACAACCGCACUGCCGUUUACCUCGCAUCCUCUGCCACCGCCGAGUUCUUCGCCGAUAUUGCCCUCUGCCCUCUCGAGGCUACCCGUAUCCGAUUGGUGUCUGAGCCAACCUACGCCAGCGGUCUCGUUUCUGGCUUCACUCGCAUGGCCAAGGAAGAAGGAUUUGGCGCUUUCUACUCUGGUUUCGGACCAAUCCUCUUCAAGCAGGUCCCAUACACCAUGGCCAAAUUCGUCGUUUACGAGAAGGUCUCUGAGGCUGCUUACAAGAACUUCUUCGACAAGGAGAAGACCAGCUCCGGCAUGCAGACCGUCAUCAACCUUGGCUCCGGUUUGAUUGCCGGCUUCGCUGCCGCCAUUGUUUCGCAACCAGCCGAUACCAUGCUGUCCAAGAUCAACAAGACAAAGGGUCUGCCAGGCGAGGGCACCACUUCAAGAUUGCUGAAGAUAGCUAAAGAGUUGGGCAUCCGCGGCUCGUACAGCGGCAUUGGCGCCCGUCUCUUCAUGGUCGGCACCCUGACUGCGGGCCAGUUCGCGAUCUACGGCGACAUCAAGAAGGCAAUCGGAGCUGUAGGUGGGGUGGAGAUCGCCUCGAAAUAGUUCAACGAUGAACUAGCGAAGAUGAAGAGCAUUGCAGAUACUGGAGGACCGCGGACAAGUAUGUGGGAGUUGGUGUUGUCACCGUGAAGGUGGGAUGAGGAGCGUGGACGGUCGAGCGGUGCAGUGGCCAGGUACCAGCAAUACGGCCGCGCUAUACAAUAGAGAUAGCAGUCUGAAGCAUGUGUACAUUAUUGAAGCAAUAAAGACGGCGCUUGAUGGUUCUUUCACGUUCAUUCGAAUAUGAACCCAAGCCAUACCAUAAUGCCAAGCCAAGCCAAGACUUUUGGCUGAGCUGCGCGGUCGAAGGAAGCAACAGAUGGCUGCAGUAGAAAGAGCGGCUGACACCGCAUUUACUGCUAUAAGUGCAGCAUAGUACAUGGCAUUUGGGCUUCGCGACCCCAAAAGAUCUCCAAGUCACGCCGCAUAAGACACUUGUCCACACAUCGACGAGUGUUCGAUUGACCAGC